GGCAGCUGUUCAAACCCUAAUUUUGAAGCGCAGCACACACGGCUUCGCAACUCAUCCUUGCAAACGGGCCUUGGCGAAGGAUGCAAGAACCAUAAUACCGACGUAGGGUGCCGCGCCUUCCUCUUCGAAUGUGUUGGAAAGAAUCUAGCUGAGAGGCGAUCAGGCAGGGUCCAGCAGAUUGUUGCAGUACGUUAGCCUAUGCAGGUCAAGAGUAGGAGCCCUGAUGCUUGAGCAAUCGUGGACCAGUCCUUGUGCAAUAAAGAGAGCGAACUUCCUAGGCUGGCAGCCUUGCUUGUUCGUUGGUGGCUUCCUGCCCAAGCCAAAUUUGUUGGAAGGAACGUUUGAAGAAACACGGUGUGGGAUCUGCUUCGCUUUGUGACAUUUGCCUCCAGCUUCUGUGAUUGUCCAGAGUCUCUGGUGAGGUAGAGAGACGCACCAUGGUCAAGAAUAAAAUGGGAGUACUCGAGCUGGUGCAUUCAUCUCGUCAAGUCCCAGAUAAGUCCUCAUCAGAGGAUGAGGGCCUUUGCUCACAAUGGCAAGAGCAGGAAGAUGAAAUCCUGAAGGAGCUGGUGAAGAGGCAUGGAAGUAAAAAGUGGGACCUAGUUGCGGCACGCCUCCCGGGCCGCUCUGCUCCAGACUGCAAAGAGCGGUGGCAUGCGCAGCUGCACGCGUCCAUGAACAAGAGCAGCUGGACAGAGGAGGAGGACAAGAAGCUGCUGGAGGCGAGGAAGGAGUGCGGCAACAAGUGGAUGGAGAUUGCGCAACGAGUACCAGGAAGAACUGACAACGCCGUUAAGAACCGGUACCAAGCACUGAAACGGCGGCAGGCCGAAGAGGCUUCCGCAGCGGCAGGUCCAGUGCCAACCACCACAGCUGCUGCGCCCGGCUUUUUGAUGGGGCCGCCGGAGCCCCAGCAACCCAGGCAGAAGAGGAAGUACACAAAACGGGCGGUGGUAAACAAGGAGCCUCUCGGCGUCAUCGCUGAGGAAGACCUUCCCAUAGGGCCCUCCACUUCAGGGAGCGGCUUCAGCCAUGCCGACAAGAAGCCGUGCAUUCGGCCAGACUUGUCCAUCCAGAUCCCUUCCACCAGCUCCGCGGCUCCAGUCCUCCCUCUUGCUGUGGGCCCCCCUGUCAUCCCGGAACCACUAGCGUACUCCUUCCCUGGGAGAAUGACUCCCAACAUGAUGUCCAGCGAAGCGAUCCAGCAGCUCUUCUGCAGCUCCAUGACGGACACACCCAGGGAGUCGAUCGACAUGGAGGAGGUCAUGGGGUGGCUCACGGCACAGACGCCGACCCCCAGCACGCACUAUCCCGGCACCGCCAGCGGCACCGCCAACAGCUCCCUCGCCUCUAGUUCCUUCCCCUCUGCCAGCAACACCCCCGCCAGGCUCACCCCCUCUCCCGGAAACAUGGCCGGGUUCAAGUUCACCGGUCCCUCCCCGCGCCAGCUGAUGUCGUCGGUACAUGCAGCGGCUGACGAUCGCAGGGGGUUUGCGUUAGGGCACAGCCCGGCCAACCUGAUGGGCCCGUCGCUGAACGUGAGCGAACUCGAGGAUCUGGUGCGCCUUCUCUCGGGUUCGGAAGGAGCCGAGCCGCCGGCUUUUGGCGGAUACGCGGAUCUGCCGCGGAGAGGCGAUGGUCUCGAUUCCUUCCAGACGAUGGGAAGCACCCACAAUUUCUCUUUCAUGGGCAUGGAGAGUACCCGGGGGCCGAGUUUUGACCACCUCAGCCACGGUUCUCUGUUCACACGGCCCUCUUUUGAUGAUAAGAUCAGGUGAUUGACUGCGGUAGAGCAAGCAUCUGUCCAUUUGUUAAUUGCCCCGGCUCUCCGGGUGAGUCACCUGAAGGUGACUGAUUCUGGCCGGUGCAGAGCUGCAGAGUAGAGACCAGGUUUGAAAGUGAAACGAUGAUGAUAGCUAGACGGGGUAGUAUUUAUUGCGCUGCAAUCGUGCUUUGGAAUGCAAUACCGGGUUAGGUUAAGUUUGAAUACGGAAGACCUCCAGGUGUAGGUUUUCCAAAUCUCCAGGUAAUUCUUCAAAAGUGAAUCAGGUUUGGUCAUUGAAUCCAAAGGUGAGCCUCACGAAGAAGGCGGCCGGCUGAAACAUUGAACUCUGGCACAGUAGAGAAACAACCAGGUGCACCAUCACUGUAAGCAAGCAAGCCGCUUGCAACGAAAAAGCUAUGCUUCACUGCAAGCACCCAUUUCUG